AUGGAUACAGAAUUAGUCUAUAACCUUCUUGCACGAGACGAGGCUGAAUCUCCUCCGCCCUGUACCACAGGGAACGAAUACGAUGGCCGGAUGGGACUGCGUAUUUCAUCUAUAUUUGUGAUAUUGGUUGGUUCGAUUUUCGGCGCGAUCUUCCCCGUUGUUGCAAAACGAUUUGGAGGUUCAAAAUGGGUCUUUUUUAUCACUAAAUACUUCGGAUCUGGUGUUAUUAUGGCUACCGCCUUUAUUCACCUCCUUGGUCCAGCUGAGGAGGCUUUAAGAAACACCUGUUUGACUGGUCCUAUCACAGAAUAUGGCUGGGUUGAAGGCAUAAUUCUUAUGACUAUUCUCGUCAUGUUUUUUGUGGAGCUGAUGGUCAUGCGAUACGCACGGUUUGGCCAAAACGAUCAGCUCGAUGCUGAGAAUCCCAUACAUUCACACUUUGAUAACGAUGAGGAUGCCACUACUAAUGAGAGAAAUCGAGUGGUACCGGGAUAUGAUAACUUAGAACGAUCCCGGCGGCAUCAAGAUCCUAAAAUGUCCGAAAAAAUGGAAGUGUACAUGGCUCAGCUGACUUCUAUCUUCAUUUUGGAAUUCGGUAUUGUCUUUCACUCUGUGUUUAUCGGUUUGACUCUCGCCGUAUCUGGCGAGGAGUUCACAAUCCUCUACAUCGUCAUCGUCUUCCACCAAACUUUUGAAGGGCUAGGUUUGGGUUCCCGCCUUGCUACCCUUCCUUGGCCGCGAUCAAAAACCCUGACACCGUAUAUUCUGGGGGCCAUUUAUGGGGUUUCCACUCCUAUUGCUAUUGCCAUUGGCUUGGGUGUGCGUAAAACUUAUCCACCAAACGGCCGAACAACGCUGAUCGUCAAUGGUGUUUUCGACUCAAUAUCUGGAGGAAUCCUCAUUUACGUCAGUCUUGUCGAGCUUAUGGCACAUGAGUUCAUGUUCACCCCUUCUAUGCGAAGAGCUCCUAUUCAAACGGUUCUGUCAGCACUUCUUUUGCUCUCCAGCGGAGCGGCGCUCAUGGCAUUGCUUGGAAAGUGGGCAUAG